GUAAUCUUGGUGACUGGAAAUCCAAGAAUCAAAGACCUGUUCAGCCAGUUCUUUUUGUGUUGGGAAAACAUUGCUUCAAGAGAUCUACCUUGCUCAGAGUCAGCCCCGCAAAUAUAUAAGUGAACGUUGCCUGAAUCUCCUCCAUCGACUUCUGGCCGAGAACGACUUAAGAGCCUGAGGUUCCACAAUCCAGGACUCAGCUCCCACCCGGGUCUCCAGGAAGGGAGGAGAGCCCAUCACACGCUUGCUUCUCUUGGAUUCCAGGUUGGAAACUGAGUCAGGCACCUAGCAGCGGAGAGAAACAGGGAUCAGAGUCCAAUUUAUCUGUUCUCUGCAGUCUGUCGGAGAAACUCUGCUGGACAGCAAGAGUCUGAAGAUUGGACGGGAACUGACUCACGUGGAAUCUUUUCACGACAAGACCAAGUAACAGAGUCUGGAACAUGUCAUCCCUGUUCUCGAGGGACACCAAGAGCUUGGUCAGAGAGCUGGGCAGGAAAGAUGAACUGGUGCCUGUGACCAGCCUGGCCAGUGCCCUGCGCCUGCGCCUCUUCUGCCUGGUGAGGAAGAAGCACAGGCACCACCUUUGCCCUUGGGACACCCUCAUCACCACGGACUUCUCCCUCAUGGAUGCCUUAGAGCCUGGCUCCCCCAUCCCAGAGGUGAGCCGGAGUGAACCCAUCCACAUCCAGGAGACGGUGGCAGCAGCCAUGAUGGGGGCCAUGAGCAUGGGCACCAGCAGGCUGCUGGGGAAUGUGACCGGGGGCGGCGUGGCAACCCGCAGCUCUGCCCUGGCUGUGCAGACUCUCAGGGUGUCCCCCAGCACCUGGGAGACUCUGGUGGAGACGAGGAAACUGAGGACUCCGAGGCCCUGGUUCCUCAAGGAUUUGCUGAGCCAGAAGCGGGAGAGCCUGUACGUGGUGACGGAGGCCGUGGAGGUUAUGGAGGCCACCACGCUUCAGAGCCUCAGCGGAGCAGAGGGAGCAGGGCAGCUGUCCUUCCUCGGGCUGGGCCUUCUCAAGCUCCGGGGCCAGGGCACCGUAGCCAAAGAGAAGAUGGUGACCAUCCCACAGGGCACCGUCCUGGCAUACAGGGUGCUGCAGCUGGUGAUGGAGGACGAUCGCUGGGCUGUUCGGCACCUGCCUGAAAGCAAGCCCUGCAGAGACACCAACAGAAGCCUAACCGUCAGGAGCCUGGAAGAGAAGCCCAACUUCCGAGACCUGCAGAUGUGGGCAGGGGCCCAGCUGCGCAACCUGGCCACGCUGCCCCUGGAGCUGCGGCUCCCGCUGCUGGGCGCCCUCCGAGAGCUGCUCCAGGACCCUCGGGCACUGCAGGAGCUCGAGGAUAUGGUGGAACAGGCCCUGGACACCGGGGUGCUGGGACAGCUGGAUGGCCCUGGGGGCCUCGUCCUAAGUGCCCUCCGACACCCCUCAGGCAGCCUGUCCCCCUUGAAAGGCAGGGCCGUCCUGUGUCUUCUCGGAGCGCUCGUAGCGCUGGGUGACACCCAACAUUGCCUGCUGGUCCAGUACCUAGAGAAGGGGAUCCUGCCACAGCAGCUGGAGCUGGUCGCCAGCAUCUUGGAGCCGAAUUUUAACUGCACGGAGGAAACAACAGUUUUCCUCCCACCGCAAGUCCUCUCGUCCCUGCAGAGUGAGGACGCGGUCCUCACCCGGAGCCUGGUGGAGAGCUGUGGGCUGCAGCUGGGGGGGCCCGGCCACCAACUCGCCUGGGACCCUGACGUGGUGCCACAGCUGUCCGCACUCUAUGUGUCCCUCGCCGGCCUGCAGCUGCUGGCGUACCCUGGCCCUGCGGCCCUCCAGGCCAGUGCCUGAGAGGGUGCCUCCCUCUCCCUCCUGGAGGGUCCCAGCCAUCCUGACCCGGGAGCUGCUGGCCCAGGGCCGCCUCCACGCAGGGCCCAGGACCAGUUUGCAGCUGCCCCUCCAGCGGCCACAGGGGACCACAGCCGGCUUGCACACCCUCCCCCCACGUCAAGACAGGCCCCCAGACUUUAGUCACCCAUCCAGAUCUGCAGGGGCACCCGUUAGGUUAGGGUCCUACCUCGGAUCAGGAUUCUUCCUUGAGAGGCAGUAGAGGCAGGUUCCAGAACAGCCGGGGCUCCACCACCGACAGCUGUGUAACUCUGGGCACGUACCCCCUUUUCCUUCGCCUGUAGCCACCCACCCCCACCCGGGAAAACGGGCUGAUAAGAAUCCCCAGUUCAUAGGAUUGUAGUGGAGAUUUUAAAAAUUGGACAUAAAGUGCUCAGAACAGUG